AUGCGUGCCCGGUCCAAGUCGGUCGCGAGCAUGGCCGAGUACUUUGAUGACGACGACGACGUGCGCUCGUCCUGCAGCAGCGCGCGCUCGAGCACGAUGCGCCUCACGCUUGUCGAAGACCUUGAGGACGACGACGAGAACGACGUGCCACGCGUCCGCCGGUGUAGCCACGGCAAGCGCAUCAGCUUUGACGACGACGUCAAGAUCGAGACGAUCCCGAGCCGCGACUCGCUCGACGAGGCCACCAAGAAGACGCUGUGGUACACACACGACGAGUUCCUCCGAAUGCAGGAGGGCUAG